AUGCCAGAUUCACCGACAGAUCCAGCCUCCCACCCACCACAGGGACCCCCAGUAUCAUCUCCAAAUGCAAACCCUGCCUCUGUGCCAGUUGUAGCUGACGUUAGGACAUUAUCAAACAAUUCUACUUCACCAGCCGUCAAUGGUGUUCACUCAAGUUCCACAGGACCUGUGUCUCCAAGUAGUAUAGGAAACAGUGUGACCCAGCUCCCCCCUGCCUGUGGUGCACGGCAGCUGAGCAAGUUAAAAAGGUUUCUCACAACACUACAGCAGUUUGGCUCAGAUAUUUCGCCAGAGAUUGGUGAAAGAGUAAGAGGACUUGUAAUGAACCUUGUGGUGAGUAUGAAACAGUGGAACACAUCCUGAUUUAGUGUUGACAUACAUUUUCUACUAUAUUUUUUUAGUAUGAUCAGGAAAAUACUUGUGGAUAGUUAACUUAAUGGUAAUCAAGGCUGUACUCUAAGAAGAAUUCAAGGGAGUCCAGUGCUCUUAACUUGUGAAAUUUAGGGUGCCCAGCAUAUAAGUUAUAUGAAAAAACUAAGGUUUUCUAGUUGCCUGGAACCAAAAGUGAGGUGCCACAGGUCACCAGGCACUUCCAGAGCAUGACCUUGGGUUAGGAAGAUACUUUCUGAUAGCAAAUUUUUAUGCAGUGUGGUGAAAAAGUUGUCAGACAAAGGAAUAAUAGAGACCUUACAGUCUAAUAAAAAAGAGGUUGGAGCAAAAGGUUUGGGGAGAGGGAAGAGGGAGGGUCUCAGAGUAAGGUAUGCCUUACUACUUACUAGUGUGGCUGUGGUUAAAUCCCAGAGAUGAUACCAUUGUGUGGACUGAGUGUGUUGUUAGUUCUGUUCUCUGCUUUAAGCGGUGUUUCUUUGCCCACUGUGUUUUCACCUGUCUUCAGAAACUAAAGCGUUACUCGCAUCAAAGCUUAAACAAUCUUUUAAAGCUGUUUAGUUAAACAUGGUGUAAAUUUGUUUUCUUUAUAAAAGCUUCCUACUAUACUUUUUUUCGCUUGCAAAUUCAGUGCAAUUACCUAACUUGUUAAAGUUCAUUUGAAUUCAGUGUAAAAGCUUGUGUUGUAGUUUUCUGUUACUGUGUUGUUAUUUUUUAAAACCUAGUUUAAUUAAUUAAUCGUGUUUUGUUGGUGUGAAUGGGGCAUAUCAUUUGAAAUUCCAGUAUAACGUUAAAUGAAUAAUUCAUUUAGAUAUUGUUGUUAUUGUAGAUAUUGCUCCUUAGAAUUAUUCUAAGGAGCUCCUAUGUAUUUCAUGGUGAAUCAAAGUUCAUUAAUUUUAUACUACUAUUUUUGUACUACUAUUUUGAUCUGGAAUCCUUGACUACUGAUCAUUUUAAAUAUCUUGACUCUUUAGUUUAUGUUACCAGGUUUUACUAACUAGUUCCUUCUGUGAUUAUCACUUACAGAACUCAACAAUAUCUAUUGAAGAAUUCCAUGCCCAGCUACAAGAGGCAACCAAUUUUCCCCUUAGACCGUUUGUAAUACCAUUUCUGAAGGUAUGUUUUUUAAUAACUAUAAUAAUAAUAAUUUAAUCACUUAUAUUGCGCAGGUAUUCAUAAAAAUGAUCAAAUGCGCAUUACAUAAAAGUGAUAAAAGCACGAAAAAAAUAAAAAAAAUAAAAACUACAAACCUAUUUACAAUAAGCAAAACAAUAAGAAUAUAUACACUUUUGCCAUAAAAAUCUAAAAUAUCGAUAUGUAGCACUUAAAAUUCAUUCUGUUUCAACCAUAAGCAAACUUAAAAAGGUACGUCGUAAGAUUGCUCUUAAAAGUGAGCAAGUUUGGAAUAUCGCGAAGCUCAUGUGGUAGAGCUUUCCAUAACUUGUGUGCAGCCACCUGGAAGGACCUAUCAUCUAGUGUGACCUUAGUUCUAAAUGUUGACGUUGCUAGCAAAAUCCCACCUGACGAUCUGAGAUAUGGGCCUUGUGAUAAUCAGUACACCCUUUUGUUAACAACUGAUUUCAAUUCAAGCAUUGGGUCAAGGUGGUUAGAUAUUGGCAAAUUUCUUUUUUUUUCACUUUUAUAGAGUAAGACUUAUGGCGCUUAAUUCCCAUCUGUCAGAACUGACGGGCCAAACUAUUGCCGUCAUAAUGAGAAUUUCACUUUUAAUCAAAACUAUCCAGCCACAUUAGUCAAAACCUAAAUAGUAUGCACAAAGGGAAUGGCUUUCUAGUAGCAAAAACUCUUAGAAAAAGCUUAUUUCUUUGGCUGGUCCACCAUGGUCUGGCAGGCCAGUUCUUACUUUUGGUAGCCAAUCAGAACAUGAUUUACCUCAUUUUUCCCACUCACAAAAUCAGCCAAAUAAAGGUUAUGGAGUGUGGGCGGCAAUGAUCAAAGGUCAACCUUUUUUUGCUCAAACACUGUGCUUUGUAUAAGUUUCACUUGAUAGAUAUAAUCAAAACAUGAGUGAUCAAAUGAACAAGUGAUAGAAAGUCUGAACCACGUGAUCAGAGAUUGCCUUCGAUGUAUUUCAUUCAUUCGUAGUGGAAGUCCAAACAAAGCUGGCUACAUGUGUGUGGAGUAUGUGUAAUAGCAACCUGGAGAUUAGGAUUGCGGGCUCCUCUUGUCACCUGCUGUAAAUUAUUUCUCUAGAUUAACAGCCAGCCAAAAUGUGCCAGCAGCCAGUAAGUAAUUUGGCAACCAUGGUCAACUGGGGUUUCUAUUCUUUAAAUAGCCGUGAAAAUUUGUUGUCAACGUGCACUUGACAUGGAGGAAAAUAGUAACUCGAGUUUUAAAUGCUGUAUGGUAUUUUUUAGGCAAACUUACCACUCUUACAAAGAGAACUGCUACAGUGUGCCCAAAUGGCAAAACAGACUCCUCCACAGUACUUGCGACAACAUGAAGAUAUUUUAAGUGAACGAGAUUCCGCGCCCUUGGAUCCUGAAGAAAUGAAUCCUUUGGAGAUAAACGAAAAUGGAAAACGAAAAGCUUCUGAUGGAAUGAGGUGUGCAAUUUAUAUUUUUAUUUUGUUUGUACCAGGUGCUCACUAAACUCUUGACUAUAAGUAAUGUCAGUCUGCUCCUAAAAUGCUCAUGCAUGGUAGGCUGCCAGUAGGUGUGAUGUUAGCUGUGUUUAUAAUGGUUGGAUGCAUAUGAUUUUCCUGUUAUGUCCACACUGCAUGUUUUGAGAAAUCCAGUUUGUAAAAUGCUCUUGUUUGUUUCCUUUCAGACCUAAAGAAAAUGGAGCUCCCCCUGAUCUAGCCAUGGUGAGUGAUUGUUUCCUAAUUUUGAAGUGCAACCCAGUUAAAAUCUAGCCAUUUUUUAAAGACCUAUUGUGAGGAACUCUCAAUACAGUUUCAUUAGAGAAAGACAUUUUGAUAAUAGAUCAAAGCAUUUUCUCACAAAAUUUCUGCCUCUUGAUUAUGUAUUGUUAUUGUUAACCCUUUCACUGCCAGAGUGUUUGAUGUAAUAUAUCAAACAUGAGACGCAGUGUUUCAUCACCAGAUGAAACACCGAGAAGAGAGUUGAAAAUACGACGCGUAUCAGAGUAUUUUUGACGAACUUCGAGGUGUUUCAUCUGGUGAUGAAACACUGUGUGGAAUGUUUGAUAUUUCUUCUCAAACAAAAUAAUUUUUGAAGGAGAAAUUAAGGAUGCAAAAAUGAGCAGUUUUUCAUCCGAUAUCCAAACACUCAUUAAACAUAAAUUUCCUUUGAAUUUUCUUUAUGAAUUAUUAAUGAGUUUGAGAAAGAGUUUUGUAACAUGGCUCUAACAUUUGAGUGUGUGGACGAAAUCCUAUGUUGUGACCAUUCAAAUGAAAGCUCUCUGCCUGUACUUUUACAUAGUGCUAUUUUACAACAGGAAAUUUGCAAACUUGGUCGAAAUUUGCCUUUGGCUACAUUUGGCAGUGAAAGGGUUAAGAGAAAAUUGAGUUUAGUCUCUCUUGGGACUUAAAGUGUUUUAAUUAUCUUGUGUAUGAAGGUAAAGGGUAAAGGUGCACAAUAGCCAAAGGCCCAUACAGCCAAAGCUUAUCUCGGUUUCCUUAGUGUGAAGCAUACCUAGGAGUAUUGCUACUCCCCCCUUGACGGAAUGCUAGUCCAUCACAGGGUUACUCCCCAGCAGUAUGUCCCCAGUAGCAGUUUAUACACCUGGGUGAAGAGAGACAAAGUGGAAUGAAGUUCCUUGUCUAAGGCAACAACGUGAUGGGCGAGGUGUGGCUUGAACCCCGACCUCCAGGUCCAGAGUUCGAGGUAUUAACCGCUAGGCCACACACCCCUCCACAUGAAGCAAAGUGUGAAUUUGAGAGUCACUGAGAAUGUUUCUUUGUGCACUGGUUCACACUAUUUUCUUGAUAAUUCCCCAGCCUUCAUUGUGUUGUUUUUGUAAUUUUGAGUCUAUGUGUUUUACUUUUGCAGCAAAUGAUGGCUGAACUAGGAAAACCUAUACCCAAGAGACCCCAUUUAAGUAAGUUAAAGCUCAAGUGGCUUGGUUUUUGUUGUUGUAGUUGAGAGGGGUGGCUUGCUGAGACAUGAAUAUUUUAUCAUACUGUACUUGUGAAAUGAAACAAACAGCAGAAGUCUGUAUCAAAAGUUAAUUCUGGUGAAUAAUAAAUUAUCAACUCAGUUGAUUUGUAUUGAGGUUUACAGAGGUGUACUUGUGACAACAUUUGGUCACAACUCAAAUGAAUAAAAAUGAAUAAUGUAAAAGUUAUUAAUAUUAUUUCUGAUGACUUUCACAAUAUUACUACUAUAGAAAGCAUCUCUUGCAUGUAGUUUUUGUGACAACCAGGUGCUUUUAAUAUAGCUUCAACGAAAUCAGUCAUUGCCAAGCUGUUCUGGCUUGUGAAACCUCUGUGACAGUACAUGUACUAAGAGUGUGAAUUUUUCUUUGUUGCAGGUAGUAACAGUGGCCUAAACAAACCAAGUCAAUUAAGAAUGGAAGACAUUACAAUGCCACAAGGUAAUGUUACAAAGAUCUUGUCUUGAUGAGCUGUACAUUGUACUCAAAAUGUCAAAAUGGCUGAAUAUUGGCCCACGUGUCACUGACCACAUCACUGUUGCUUACUUCACAGCAGGUAGUUCACGUGAUGCAGAAUCUUCAAUGCCAGAUGUUCUGCUAGAUAACAAGCAUGAAAUUGCUGAUGACUGGCGGCAUGUGGAUACAGUAAGUUUUUCAAUCAAAAUAAUCUUUAAAAAAUACACAAGGGUAGCUCCCAAAUGUGUAGAAUGUACUUUUUUCAUCAUCUGUCUUGGCUGUAGCUGACAGGUUUUUCUUUUCAUCGGUUUCUAGUACAGAUGCAUGAUCAUCUCCUACAUGCACCUUUAACAGAUGUCUCUAUUUUUUGUACUGUUUUUAUUUUUUUUGAAGGGACAUUUACCAUGUUAAUAACUACAAAAGGCAGGCUUUGUAUCGUAAAGAGCCAGCGUACAAAGAAAGUAGUGUCCGAUAGCCCGGGGCUAGUGGAUGUUGCUAUCGGGCUAGCGAAUUCUGUUCUUAACUUGCCCGACGGGCAAGUGAAGUAUUUUGAGGAAUUCAAUGUACAGAAGAACUGUGAAAUCACUUGUGCUCAUCAAAAAAUUUUGGGGCUAGUUGAAAUGACGUGUGGGCUAGUACAUGCUAGCUUCAGCUUAUCCGAAUGGUAAGCUGUAAAAAUGACUUUCUUUGCACCCUGUAAAGAGCGGUACUUUAAUCGCAAAGGAUGUCACUUACAAUUAAUAUAAAAAAUAGUGACACCAGUUCUUUAUAAUUAAUAGUUCUCUAGUAUGAUUGAAAUGCAUUAACAUCCAUCUGUUACUCUGUUUUCUGCUUUUAAACUUAUCCUCCAAUUUUUGAAGUUGCCAAAGCCAUUACUCUUGGAAGGUUCCUUAGAGGCUUCUCCAUUUGAUGACUUCUAUUAAUUUUCUGUACAGUAAAGUCUACGAAGUUACAUAAUAACCAUACCAACUGUUCUGGUUUGCCCGACAUAGUCAAGAAGUUUGUGCAACAUUAGUCCUGGCUCUUCUCGAGAAGGCCUGGGCACGAAAAACAGCCGAGGAGACAGAAGCAGAAGUGAAAAGAAGAGCAGGUUUGUUGCUGAUCUAUGUAUAAAUAGUAGUAAAUAGCUCUGCUUUUGGUUACUUUUUAUUUAUUAUGUUAAGAGGACACAUACUGUUGUCCUCUCGUCAGUGACAAUAAUAUAAAAGAGACCUUUAGAUUUGAGAACGAAGAGGACUAUGACACCCCAAAAAACUUCAUUUUACCUCUUUCACAAGCAAAUUUAACACAUUAUUUUAAAGGAGGUUAAAAAAGGUUAAGCCCUCUCAUGAUCGCAGAAUGAUAAAACUUGUAACAUGUGCUAACUUGUUUCCAUCACUUUGACAUUUUCGCUAAAACUUGUAGUAGAUUGACCAAGGCUAUUGCAUUUUUCUGCAAAAGUGACGCUGGUUCAUGCACACACCACUUAGUAUGGAGAAAAUUUGUUCUGGUAAUCAUCCUUGCUUUAGAACCUUAAGGUCUCUUUACAUUACGUCACACAGUUUGGUGACGAUCUCUCUGCCCUUUGAUUUAAUCAAAGUGGAGAGAUUAUUCUAACUUGUCCAUUGUUUAUUUUCUCCUCAUGUAGGUGAAUUGAUGGCAAAAACAUUACAACAAACAGAGGAGCGUGUAGCCGAAGUAAAACGUCGUGCAGAAGAAGCAGUGAGUGAUGUCAAAAGACAGGCAGUAGUGGAACUGCAGAAAGCCGUCCGUGCUGCCGAGGAGAAAGCCAAUGAAGCUGUGGCCAGUGCACAUGGCAAGAUGGAGAAAGCUGUGUUGGAAGCCCGUAGACAAGCCACUGAGGAUACUCUAGCAAUGUCCAAUCACCAGAGUGACUCUAGUGAGGUAGGAGCAACAUUUCUGGGCAUUUUUAUUGUUUUCUUAGUUCUACAUUGAUCACUGAUUUCCAAUAUGCCCAUCUACCCUCUGGAUCAACCUGAAAAAAUUUAUACCCCAGGCAGGGUGGGUAUAAGAGAGCUGUGAAAUUUUUGUCAAGUAUCGAGGAGAAAAUGCCAGUGACCUUGCAAUCUUAAAAAAUUUCUGGUAACUCCAUUAUUAUUGUUACUGUUAGUUAUUGUUAUUAUUAUUUUUCAUGGAAAUAAGGGUAAACUGAAGAUGUGUGAAGACAGUGUCAUUUCUUACGUGCAGAGUUUUAAAAGGCCUGGCCAAUCAAUUAAUUAAUGUUGAUGCUUAUGGGGAUAUGCAUUGUUCUUCCCGUAGAGUUGUUGGAAUUGUGGCCGAAAGGCCACCGAAACGUGUAGUGGCUGCAACUUGGCGCGGUACUGUGGUCCAUUCUGUCAACACAAAGACUGGGAAAAUCACCAUCAUGUUUGCGGACAGCAGGCACAGGGUGCUAAUGAGGACACUGCACAGGGAGGGGGUUCUCAGAACACCAACUCACCUAAGGAAUCAGCUGGGAGCAGUAGUAGUCCUGCCGUGACCAGAAUGACCACGCCCACUUCUUCAGCAGACCCAAUAUCAUCUCUUAGUGAUUAUGUCAUGAAAACUCCCUCCACGUAG